AUGAUGUUCCUCCCCAAACAUGUCCUCGCCAUGCUGCCGCAGCUUGCAACUUUAGCCUGGUCCCAAGACUUCCCCGGCAACCCCUUCGACGCAGCCGAGACCGUAAUCGCAACCUCGACCUCAACAUGCUACGCCCUCCCCAUCCAGACCACCACGGCCACCAAGGCGACCUACAACGGCACUGUCGACUCUGACUCUGUCGGCGGUCUCAGCUACUUCCUCGACGAAUUCGGCCAAGUGCUCCCCGUAUUUGGCCUGCGUGACGUGCAGAGCCAGACGGACCUGCUCUUUGACAUCAGCGACCCCGUCCAGCUAGGUAUCGUGUAUCCAGACAACUCGGCAGUCGUCUUCAACGGCUCCGGCAUCACCGUCAUCUCUGCAGACUGCUCUAGCGUGCUAUCGCUCGUGCUUCCGGGGUUCUACGACUAUCUGAUCCAGCAGGGUGGUGGUGGUGGCGGCGGGACCAGGAAAUCCAAGAAGCGGUCCCCCUUCCUUCACCAUGCUCAUCAUCAAGGCAAGCUCGAGCGACGAGUGGCAUCAGGAUACCCCAUCGACUACUUCGUGGACGUAGUAGUCUUUGACCAGUGCGGCAACACACCAUCAGACCCAUUCGACGUCACACUCACCAUAGGCGGCGGCUUCGAAUGCCGCGACCGCGCCGACAUCAUCAACGGGGUCUGGAUGCAAGGCGUUAACGGGCUCUAUAAGUGGACGUGCAUGUGGCCGAGCCCCGCCAGCCGUGAGCAAAUGUGCGAGCUAGAACUUUUACGCCAGUUAGGCUACUCCAGAGACGACUUCGGGACUCUCGUACCCGCACCGAGUCUUGUGUCUAUCCUCUCUACCGGGAUUGAUAACCUGCCUCCGCUGAGCGGCGCGGCCGCCGAGAUCCUCAACAGCCCGUACUUCUCGCCGACGUGGAGCUCGACCAUGACGGGGCUGAAGGACCUCAUGUACCUGCAGCAGCUCAUCGACGCGCAGCAACUCGACCCCAACGCCAUCGCCGCCAGCGUCUGUCUCUCGACGACCGAUCUCAAGGAGUUCGUCUGGCUCAAGAUCCGCGACCCGCCAGGGUACCAAUACCUCCUGACCUCGGUAAUUGACGACACCAUCCGCUUCACCUCCAGCAUGCAAUUCAACCAAGAAAUCAUUGGCACUGCCACGGCAUCGUGCCUGUUCUCGGGCCCGUCCACGCUCCCGCUCACAACGCCCGUCAACACCAACAUCCUCAUCGGCUGCAACGAUCCCCCGGCCCAACCCACCGCCACCGCCGGACCCAACCCCCUGCCCGGUGGUCCGCCCGGCCCGCCCGACCCCGCCAGCUCUGCUGCCGCUGCCGGCGGACCCCCAGCCCGCGUCCGCCCGCGCACCGACCCAGCCGUCUGCACCGCCACGAACCAGCCCGGCACGGCAACCAGCACUUCAUCAACCACCUCCAGCCCCUCCAGCUCCUCCACCUCGUGGAAAAUCUCCAUCGAGACCUUCAGCAACCCGCCCCUGGCCACGACAACCUGCAGCUUCGACCAGCGCUGCGACCCUGCGCCGAGCUCCAAAUGCGAGGGUCCCAACACCGCCCUCACGUUCGAGAGCCCCGACUGGCCGGGCUGCCAGUGCGGGCACAAUGUCGAGGGCCGCGUCGCAUGCUUCAGGGCUCUGAACCCCGUGCGGGAUCCGUCGCCUACCCCGUGCGCCAGCCCGGGCGAUUGUCCGGGGGGGAUGCUGUGUAUUCACGACUUUCCCUGCUGGUUCGUGGGCCCCGGGAUCGGGGGGCCGACGAUGCCGGGGGAGUGCUAUAAUCCGUGUCCGUGGGGUGGGGUGUAAUUCGAUAUGGAGCGGACGAGGCGGUGUUGGCUCUGUUUGAGGAAUGGUGUGAGGGGGUUCGUGAACCCUGAAGGAUUGGUGGAUUUGUGAGGGCUGGAUAGAGGGCCGAGGUUUGUGAGCGCCUCGGGAAGGGGGGGAUAUACAAUUACAGUCUUUGAGAAAAGCAGUUGAGUUUGGUAUUAGUCGAGCAAUUUGUCAGUGUUAAUAUUGUCUUUGCCUUUGCUUGCCUCGGAUCAGGUGGACCUAAAUAGGAGGUAAGGUUUUGGGUUGGAGCCUUAUGAUCUUAGCGGUUCAGCUAAUCUGAGAUUAAAGGGCUUCUAUAAUUGAUCGUUGCUAUAACAGAGGAGGAUGUCGAGAGGCCUUCUUCCCUCUCUCCAUACUUUAAGUUGACAAAUCUCUGUUAAAGGGGCGAGAAACAAGCAGUCGCCUUUCGACUAUAAAA